CAAACCCACUCGUUCUCUCGCUCGUGUCAUGCGCAGUGACGGUUGUUGUUGUUGAGCACAGAGCAGGUUGUUAUGGCUGAACCAGGCCUCGGACCGAACUGAGAGAGGAGCCCCCCGCAAUAUCCCGUUUCCCAUACGGGACACCCGCCACUCAUGGAGGGCACGGACAUGGACGUGGACGCAGAGCUGAUGCAGAAGUUCAGCUGCAUGGGCACCACGGACAAGGACGUCCUCAUUUCGGAGUUUCAGAGGCUUCUGGGGUUUCAGCUCAACCCGGCCGGCUGCGCCUUCUUCCUGGACAUGACCAACUGGAACUUGCAGGCUGCUAUUGGUGCAUAUUAUGACUUUGAAAGUCCCAACGUCAAUACGCCAUCCAUGUCCUUUGUUGAAGAUGUGACCAUUGGGGAAGGAGAGUCUGUUCCUCCAGACACACCGUUCACAAAGACCUGGAGAAUACAAAAUACAGGUGCGGAGUCAUGGCCUCCUGGAGUUUGUCUCAAGUACAUUGGUGGGGAUCAGUUUGGGCAUGUAAAUACAGUUAUGAUCAAGUCUCUAGACCCCCAAGAAAUUGCAGAUGUGAGUGUACAGAUGCGGAGUCCCACAACGCCAGGCAUGUAUCAAGGCCAGUGGAGGAUGUGUACAGCUACUGGAUUAUUCUAUGGAGAUGUAAUCUGGGUGAUCCUUAGCGUAGAAGUUGGAGGUCUGCUUGGCGUAACACAGCAGCUGUCCUCAUUCGAGACAGAGUUCAACACCCAACCCCAGCGUAAUGUGCAUCAAGACUUCAAUCCUUUUGCUUCACCGCAGAAGAACAAGCACGAUGCCACUGAUAGCAGCUUCAGAGAUCCAGGUGGAGCCUGGGAAGGCACACAAGAGCCAAUCCAGCAAGAUCAAAAUGGACUGUCUCAUAAUGCUGUAAAUAGGCCGUCAAAUGGUCUCCAAACUAAUCUUUCAGUGGUGACUUAUGGUCAGGGUAUUCAUGGACCCUAUCCAUUUGGACAGAGCUAGAAUGACAAAGACCCCCUCCCCCCAUGGUGAGUGACGAGCUGAACACCUUGGGAAUCCUUAAACACAGGAGUCGGAGAGGGGGAGGAACAGUUUUUAUAUUGACUUGUGACAGCCCUCUCCCAGACCCACGGUCCUUUCCACAGAAUCACAAUCGACUGUGAGGUGACGGAUUGCAUUCAACACAGUGAAACGUCUCGCUUCAUAUCAUCACCCAGAUUCGCAUGUGUGAAUGCUUUUAAAGAGUGAUACAAACCAUAAUUUAUAAAAUAAAAAUAGAUGCACACAGCUGUUCUUGUUUACACACUUAAAACAAGUUUGGUGUCAUGCAAAGUCCACCCUGAAACAAUCCAUCUACACUUUCUUAUUCCCAUGGACAUCUGAAUAAUUGUGAUUGAGAGCAGCCGUCGUGGGGUUCCUACACAGGUCCAGAAAUCAGUUGAAGGCCUUAACGUUUUUGUAAUAAAAACAAAAAAAGACAGUGCUAGUGGUUUGUGGAGAAACAGCUGUAAUCUCUUAAUCACUAGACAAGGACCUUAAACAACUUGCACCUGUAAACCUGUUAAAUGAGGUGAAAUAUUUAUUGACCCAAGUAUUACUAAUACCUGGAAGAAGAGCCGUGUGUCUGCAGUAUCGUGAAGUGUUGCCAUUUACAGAAAACCUGUCUUUUUGGCUUUUUUUUUUUUUGCUUACACGUCAGUGCUAAGCCGCUGAGCUGCAUCAGUUCUUGUGGAAAUCGACAUUUUUGGAAGUCUCUCGUGGUGUUAGUAAUGUUUUAUAAUGCUGUGUUGAAACGUUAUUUUGUCAACUGUCAUGUUCUUAAUAUAUUAGUUAUUGAGAAUAAUGAAUGGUGUAGCUGAGAGGAUGACCUAUAAAAAAAAAAAACCUAAAAUAAAUGUUCAUCUGCAGUCAUUAUUGUAGGAACCUCUGUUCCUACAAUAUGACGCCAAUGGAAAAUAACACCAAUGAGGCUAGAAAAAUUGUGCUAAAUAAUCAUUAAUUUGGAAAUCUGUGGUUGUUUUGCGCAUGUGCAGCUUGGAUCAACAGCAGCACUAAGGCUGACUUGAUCGCAGCUUCUUUUUUUUUUAUGGGUGGGGGGGUCUAUUCUGCUGAGCGCAACAAGUGAGUCUAAACACCUGCUAAAUACUUUCCUUAUAGACGUAACUGGCUAUGAAGUCAUUUUCACACAGAGACACAGCAGUCAUGGAAGUGUUCAACUGUGUGUGUGAAGUGGUGGAUGUUUGCACUGCAGGCUCUUGUAAGCCUUAACAAGCAUGAAUUAGACACAGCUGUGGAUUUA